UACCGGCUGGCUGCGGUCUUGAAGGGUACGCAGCAUCGCGCCUCGUUCCUGACCCUCCCCUGUCCGGUUCUCCGGCCCGGCCUAAGGCCCGUACCCGGCCUGGUCUCCGCCCCGUCCACCCCCGUCCCCGCGGCGGCGCGCGCGGCCCGCUGGGCGGGGUUCCGGGGAUGAGGCGGCGGCGGCGGUGCGCGGAGAAUAUGCUCGGCAGCUGAGGAGACGCGGCGCCCGGAGCGCGGCGCGACCCACGGGAUGGCUCAGCCGGCCGGCCCGGAGGGCGGCGAGGGGCCUCCGGACCCCGGGGCGGCCGCGGGCCCGCAGCACGCGCUGAGCCUGGAGGAAAUCCUGCGGCUCUACAAUCAGCCCAUCAACGAGGAGCAGGCGUGGGCUGUGUGCUACCAGUGCUGCGGCUCCCUGCGCGCCGCGGACGCCGGCCGCCGCCAGCCCCGCCGCCGGGUGCGCUCGGCCGCGCAGAUCCGCGUGUGGAGGGACGGCGCCGUCACCCUGGCGCCCGCCGCCAGCGACGCGGGAGAGCCGGACGCCGCCGCGGGUAAAUUGGAAUAUUCACAUUGUACAGAAACAGAGGUUAUUGAAUCUUUGGGAAUUAUUAUUUAUAAGGCACUGGACUAUGGCUUGAAGGAGAAUGAAGAAAGGGAAUUAAGCCCUCCCCUGGAGCAGCUCAUCGAUCGCAUGGCCAACACGGUAGAGGCUGAUGGCAGCAAUGAUGAAGGCUAUGAGGCUGCCGAUGAAGGUCUGGAGGAGGAGGAAGAUGAGAAGAGAAAAAUCUCAGCAAUCCGGUCCUACAGAGAUGUCAUGAAGUUAUGUGCUGCUCAUCUCCCAACUGCAUCAGAGGCACCAAAUCAUUAUCAGGCAGUGUGUCGUGCACUGUUUGCAGAGACAAUGGAGCUGUAUACAUUUCUGACUAAAAUUAAGAGUGCAAAGGAGAAUCUGAAGAAGAUCCAAGAAAUGGAGAAGAGUAACGAAUCUAACACAGACCUGGAGGAGCUGAAAAACGCUGACUGGGCUCGAUUCUGGGUGCAGGUGAUGAGGGAUUUGCGGAAUGGAGUAAAACUCAAGAAGGUCCAAGAGCGGCAGUACAACCCUCUGCCCAUUGAAUAUCAGCUCACCCCUUAUGAGAUGCUAAUGGAUGACAUUCGAUCCAAAAGAUACACUUUGCGAAAAGUGAUGGUGAAUGGUGAUAUUCCCCCUCGGUUAAAAAAAAGUGCUCAUGAAAUCAUCCUGGACUUCAUCAGAUCAAGACCUCCUUUAAAUCCAGCCUCAGCCAGAAAACUGAAGCCUACUCCACCGCGGCCACGGAGCCUCCAUGAAAGGAUCCUGGAAGAAAUCAAAGCAGAAAGAAAGCUGCGGCCCGUGUCACCAGAGGAAACCAGACGCGGCAGGUUAGAGCCACCUGUCCUCCCUGACCUGGGGCAUAGGAUGGAUGGGGCUACAGUGGAAAUAGAGGUAGCUACCCCUGAAUCUCCAAAGAAUGUCCUGGAAUCAUCGAUGGUGAAUGGAGGUUUAACGUCACAAUCAAAAGAAAAUGGGGCAAGUGCCGUACAGCAGGUGCCUGUGCAGCGGAAGAAACUCCUCAAAGCCCCAACUCUGGCCGAGCUGGACAGCUCUGACUCGGAGGAAGAAACUCUGCCCAGGUCAGCCAGCAGCAGUGCACCUUCCUCAUUCCUUGAAGCUCCCUUUCUGGAGGCUGUGUCCACAAGGAAGAACCCUCCGAAGUUCUUGCCCAUAUCCUCCACACCCCAGCCAGAACGACGGCAGCCACCCCAGAGACGACAUUCCAUUGAAAAGGAAACACCCACUAAUGUGAGACAGUUCCUGCCAGCGUCCAGGCAGAGCUCCCGGUCUCUCGAGGAAUUCUGCUACCCAGUGGAAUGCCUAGCACUUACUGUGGAGGAGGUGAUGCAUAUUCGUCAGGUCCUGGUGAAGGCAGAGCUGGAAAAAUACCAACAGUAUAAAGAUGUCUACACUGCUCUGAAAAAAGGAAAGCUCUGCUUUUGUUGCCGAACCAGGAGAUUUUCCUUCUUCACUUGGUCUUAUACCUGUCAGUUCUGUAAGAGGCCGGUGUGCUCACAGUGUUGCAAAAAGAUGCGGCUGCCCUCCAAGCCAUACUCCACCCUUCCUAUCUUUUCAUUGGGACCUUCUGCCUUGCAGAGAGGGGAAAGUUGUAUGAGGCCAGAAAAACCCUCCACUGGCCACCAUCGGCCACUUCGGAGCAUUGCCAGAUUGUCCUCAAAAUCCAAGUCUGUGGACAAAUCAGAUGAAGAACUCCAAUUUCCCAAAGAGUUGAUGGAGGACUGGAGCACCAUGGAGGUGUGUGUAGACUGCAAAAAGUUCAUUUCAGAAAUCAUCAACUCAAGCCGGCAUAGCCUGGUGCUGGCCAACAAAAGAGCCAGAUUGAAAAGGAAAACGCAGUCUUUCUACGUGUCCUCGGCAGGCCCUUCGGAGUACUGCCCUUCAGAGAGGACCAUCAGUGAGGUCUGAGCCCCGUGCAUUUGUGUGCAGAGUCGCAUUCGUGAGAGAACACUGAGCGGGGCUGUCUUCUCGCCGCAGUUAACUGGUUCGGGUUUGCAUGAGAUCAGGGUUUUGCUGCAUCACACUGUUCCACAGACUGAACACUGUGUUCAUAUCAGCCAGUCCCUUGUCUGCACUGAGAGAGGACAGUAGUUUGAAACUUGCUUCUGUGUGUGUGGUGAUUUGGAGGCCAGAAACUUUUUCCUUAGUUCAGUUCUUUACUGUCCCUCAAAUACUUUUCUGACUGAGGCAGAAAGCUUCUGGUGUGAGAAAUCGGUCUAACACAGGCGUCAAAGUCAGCACAGUCUAAGAAGUAAGUCAUAUUGGCAUUUCCACCCGACAGUGUUCCUGCCUGAUGCACACAGAUCCCUGGAGGCUGGGCCAGGCUGUUACCAUCUCACAGCACAGAACCUACAAGGAUUUGCUCAUGCUCUCAAACUGGUUUUAAAUUAUUGUUGCUCUGAGAUAAAGACUCGGGGGGGACUUUACUCUGCGCUCCAGUACAAAGCAUCUGAAUAAGCUGUACGCGCAAGUGGGCGCCCAUGUCCCCCACGCUGUGUCUGUGCCCGGGCAGUGGGGCGGUGUCUCUUGAGGCAGGUGCAGGGCUUUCCUUAUCUUGAAUGUAUUAUGGUUACUAGUGGUUUUAUAUUGGAGGUCUAAGAUUUAAAGUUUUGUGGCAUUUGGGGACAAGGGCAGGCUAGAAGUUUGUCCAAAAGUUGAGUAUUUUGGCCAGUAGGAGAAGGGCUGUGAGUGCGUCGGCCACACCGCAGGGAACGAGCUGGAGCGCUCACAUUUCCAACCGCGGUUUUCAUAACUUUAGUCUCGCCAUCACGACUAAAUUAAGCCACAAUUUGGUAUCUGAGGUCUCAAACUGAAAUUUAUUUUUAUAAAUGAAUUUUAAAAGCAAAAACAUGGUCUAGUUCAUUUAAAAUUAACCUGCUGAUAGGCUUUGUGGAUGCUUUUUGCACACAUUCUCCUUGUAAGUGACUUGAGUAGGACGGGUUUUGAUGAAGCCAGGUUGAGGCGGCACUAUACACUGUCAUUUCUCGACUUGUGUGGCCCAUUCCGUGGCCAUCUUUAUGAUUUUGGUUCACUUGGCAGACCAGCCAGUCAAGUUGCCAGUCAUGUUUGGAAGCUCGGUUAAUGCACAUGCACAGCAGUUUCCUGAACACUCUCUAGAACACACCUGUAGUCAGCACCGCUCACCAAAAGGCAGGGCAGUCACACUUCACACCACCUCACAAUACAGGAAUAUUUCUAUAGCGAAUUAACAGUAAUACCUCAGAACUGCCCUGGUAGUGGUUUUACGUGACUGAAAUUUAUAAAUUAGUAAAUGGCUUAAAAUUACUUACACUUACAAAAUAAACUUUACCAAUUGACUGAA